GAAGCCCUUGUGGCUUUCGUUCCCCGCAUGUCCCACCUUUCGCCUGCGGAGGUGCAGGGAGUGCGGGCAGCUGUCGCGCAGCGUAAGCGGUAUUAUGCAGUUGGUUGUGGAUGUGUGCUCCUCACUGCCGGCCUCCAGCGGGCCGGGGACGAGCCGUAGCGCCCGGCGCGGCGGCCUCCGGCCCAGCCCCGCGGGCAUGACCGUGGCUUCUGGGUUUUUCUGCCCCAGGGUGACCAUGGAUGGCAUGUUCGGUGCCCCCCAAGUCUCGUGGCUUGCAUGAUGUCUUUGUGACUUCUUAUUUUUAUGCGAUCAAGAAUUUAUGAAUCAAAAGAUGGGGGAGUGGAUCCAUGUGGAGGCUGAGUCAGACUGUGGAAAAUGAAAGCCAGCACGAGUGUGCAGUCGCAUAGCACAUUUACAAAUAUGCUUUCAUUCAUCCCCAUAUGUUGCUUGUGUUACUACUAAUAAAGCUCUGGUUUCUUAGACUGGUGCUUCCCUCAGAACGUUGUUUAAUCUGCCUGGGGUUUUAGUGUAUAGCCUCCAUAUUAUUUUUGUUACAGCAUGUUCUUUCCUGAUUAUGUUUUAUUACAUUGAACACAUGCUAAUCACAGUAAGAAUUUGAUAAUAUGAAUGCACAUCCCACACUCCUUUGUUCCUGCUGUUUGACAUGCAAAGGCAUGACAGUUUAUUUAUCCAGCAGCAUUUUUUUUUCUUCCAUACUGGUAAGAUUCGAUAAUUAUAAAAACAGAAGAAAAGCCUUUUCCUUAAGCAUGCACCCCUGAUUGCUUCCUAUUUCGUUCCUCAUCCUACUAAUGAUACCAAACACAAUCAUGCUAAUUUUGGAGCGGCAGGAAAUCUAGAUUUGUCUACUGAAAUAUUUCUGUAAUAGCUUCUGUGUGCAAAGAGAGCCAGAGAGCAAGGUCUGCCUUAGCUUAAUGGUGUCUGGGUUUUUACUGCCCGACAGGGAGGUAUGACUGUGUAGUGCACGGUAAUUAAUUCAAUACAGCACUGGAAAGAAGAAGGAGGGAGAGUUGUACUGGAUGAAAUUAGUUUCUUAAAGUCCCAAAUAAAAGAUCUAAGCGACGAUUUCAAUAACCAUCUUCAUUUUUAUUUUAGACAAAAAAAGGCAACAUGAAAACAUUCUGAAGCCAGUAAAGUGGUGCCAUUUAUCUUCUCCAUGGUCUUAUCCUUUAUUCCCACCUUCAGGCAAUUAUUCUCCUUGGUUGUAGCCUUUUGCUUCCCACAGCCUGGCUCUGUCUCUCACUGAGGCAGCAGCACCUCUUGCCUGUCACUCUCCAAGUGCUGUUCUGGCAGGUGGCUUUUUCUCCACCGGCUUUCCACGUCUUCCUUGCUCUACAAGGUCGGUCUUCUUAUGGCCCUCCAUGUCUCUCUUUUCUGUGUCUUAUUUAUGAUUCAGUAUUUCUGCCUUGUGAAACAUUGUGCUGGUUUGCUUUACCUUCCCCCUUCUCUCUGCUUUCUGUCCACUCAUGCCUUUUCUCUUGUUUUUGUCCCCCUUCAUGUGUUCUCUCUUUUUUCCAUCUUUUUUUCUUCUCUUCUGUCCUUGUUUUUAUAUCGUGUCUUGCUCUCUCCUUCCUGAAAUCUCACUUCAGGCACUGCCUUACUCCACCUUCCUCUUGGCUUUUUUCCCCCCACACUGUUCUUUACUCUUUUGUUCUUUGUCCUACUCCACCCUUUCUCCAGGCUUACCUUUACAUAUAUAGGCAUGUGUACAUACAAAUACCUAUAUAUUCUAUUCCAGAUCAUCCAUUCUCCAGCUAUAGCAAUGAAGUGACUCAUGCUGGUAGUCUGAUCCUACUGCAUCUCUUUCUCAGCACCUGAAAUACACUGCUCUCUGCCCUUCCUCACAUAUACAUCGCUGGUAGACUGAAGAAUUAAGUAUGUGGAAAAUGUUCUUAAAUUCAGAAGCAGACUCAAGAAAGCAGCUUGUUCAGGGUACACUGUAAACAGAACGGUUAUUAUGUUCCCAUUGAAAGUAUCAGGGAAUGAUUGCAAGCCCCCUAAACCCAUGCAUUUGUGGAGAUAAUAGCAUCUUCUUCGUGUUUCUAAAUUUCUGAUUUUUGGCAAUGGAAAAUUUUGAUUUUAGAUAAGGGACACCACUAUUUUUUAAAAUUGUCCUUUGGAUCCUGGACUGAUCCAAAGAAAGAGCAGGAAAAAAUGCUUUUCUUUCUCUCAAUGGUCUUGUUUUAUACAUUUGUUAAGCCACUUUUGUGCAGCUAUUGUGAAAGAAAUGCUUUUCUCCUUCUCAGACAGCUAAGCUCUGCCUCUGAAAAGAACUCUGUGUGGGACAAGGCUGGGAUCCAGGCUAGUCAGCUUCCCUUUUUUCUGGAGAGAGAGAGAGAGAUGUGACUGUAGAAUCAUAUGCAUUGGGUGGGAGACAGAAGAAUAGAUGUGUUACCCAAAAAUGAUAUUUUAACCUUGGAGGUGGCAGAGUGGGGUUGUUUAAUAACAUUUCUCCUUGACUAUCGGUGACUGCAAACAGUAUCAUUGGGGAUCAAGGGCAAAUGCUACAUUUUGCUAUUUAAAUAAGACUUAAUGUAAAAAAAGAGAUUUAAUAAUUAAACUUUUUUUUUUUCAUGUAAAAAUCAUACUACUAGCUGGCUGGAAUGCAAACAGUUCCAUCCCACAGACUCCACCUCCGCUUUCUGGCAUCUUACCUGACUCAUAAAGAGAGUGGGGAUUUUAUAUGCCACCUACAUCAACUCAACAUUUUCCUUUGUGGGGAGAGUUAAUCACCACUCUUGUCAUAUUAUUUCACAGACCCUCUUGAAGAUGUGAUCUGUCAGGGUGAUUGUUUAUCUUUCAAACCAUCCUUAAAAAUCCUUGUAGAAAAAGGUGGGCUUUUUUUUUCCUGAGCUCAGUGAAAAUACACAGGUGGUCCAUUGCAUAAAAAAUUGUGGGGAUUUUUUUGAGAACUGGCAGUUUAGUUGGGCUUACUCCAAGAUCAGGGAAGAGAGAGUUUUCACUGUAGAGGACUCAUCACUGACAUGAGACGUGCCACUUGGACAGACAAGAUGUGUCCGUUGAAGGGAGAGGACCUUCCCCAGGGAACUGACUGCAAGAGGUGUGCACUGAGAAAGGAACUGAGGGGCUGUAGCCAUGAUGGCCAACGAUUUAAGAGAGAAGAGUUUUGUCAGAAGAGGUAAUAUUUAUAUUAGACCAACAGAUAGAACUGGAAAAAAAUGGACAAGCUUUGGGUAGAUAAAAGCUUUCCUUGUAAACCCUGUGUCUUAUGAGGAAGGAGAUUUUAUGUAGUAGACUGACAUUUGUCAAGCAAAAAAUACUGCAGGAAAAAAGGCUGUGAAGAUGGGAACAAGAGCGAAAUACAAAGAUGGCAACACAAUAGAUACAGUCUGUGCAGGAGGCAAUGGAAGAAAGAGUAGGAAGAACUGAAAAUGCAUCUUCAGGAAGUUAUUUAGAGUCACAAAAUGAAGGAUGCAAAUUACCCUAGAAAGUGGGAGAAACUUGGAAAGAAAAGAGGGUGACAUUUUUUCAGAGGAAAUUGCUGAAAUGAGGUAUAGGGAGGGCAGAGAGGAGGGAACAGCUGAGACCGCUCUUUAAGUCAAUGCUUAAAGCAAGAUCCUUAGUGUGAAGGGCUGACAACGAAUGCAUUUGGUAAGAGUCUCCUUAUUUCUCUGUUACAAGGUUAGGCAGACUCAAGGAAUGGGAAGGAAAGAGGAAAAGCGAAAGAACUGAAACUCACCAUUUACAAAUGUGGAUGAAGGAAGGCUCCAAGCACUAGAGAAGGAGCUUUCAAGAUGCCGGAGCCAGCAAAGUCCACUUCUGCCCCCAAGAAGGGUUCGAAGAAAGCCGUGACAAAGACCCAGAAGAAGGGGGAUAAGAAGCGCCACAAGAGCAGGAAGGAGAGCUACUCCAUCUAUGUGUACAAGGUGCUGAAGCAGGUCCACCCGGACACUGGAAUCUCCUCUAAGGCCAUGGGCAUCAUGAACUCCUUUGUCAACGACAUCUUUGAGCGUAUCGCCGGCGAAGCGUCCCGCCUGGCGCACUACAACAAGCGCUCCACCAUCACCUCGCGGGAGAUCCAGACGGCGGUGCGCCUGCUGCUUCCCGGAGAGCUGGCCAAGCACGCGGUGUCCGAGGGCACCAAGGCUGUGACCAAGUACACCAGCUCCAAGUAGCUGGCCGCUGGUCUCCAUCAGGACUCGUAGGCAGAGACGGGCACCAGAGGGGCAGCUCCUACACGGAUAAAUGUCAGGGCUACUGCUGACAGCAGUUUGCAGUCUUGGGAUGGGCAUUAGAAGCUGUCUAUUGAAAGAGGUGAUGGUGAUCUGGAUGUUGGUUUAUUUUCCUGUUUGGGACAUGCUACGGGUUUUGUACAUCACACCUCAGGCAACGCUGACAGAGGAGGCCUCUGCUUUCACAUCUCAUUCAAAGGAGAGUUUAUUCUCCUCCAUGCUCCAAAAACAUGCAUGUUUGGCACUGGCAGGGGAGACGGGCAACGGCAGCGUAGAGACGUGGUCUGUGAAGUCUUCCUGUUUGGCUGCUUCCUCGCAGUCACCAGAGACAGGCCUGGGAGCCGGCGUCUGUCGUCGCUCUCUCGCGGGCUGGACCUGCCCUGUCCCGCUGUGCCUGCAGCGGGCAGGCACCGACGCUAGCGCACAGGGCGCAAGCUGGAGUGAAUCCCAUAGCAAUUAAAAGGAGGGAUGUGCUUGACAGUAGUGUGUGAGGCCUCUUUUAAAGAGAAAGUCUGACAAGUGGGCUGGCGUCUGGGGAAAUUUCAGCACUAGCUCUUCCCCCAUGUCUCUCUGAACUGGGACUCCAGGGCCCUGCUCGCCCGAGGCCAGCCCGGAUGUUUGAGCUGCUUGUGCUGAGACGUAUGGACAGAAAAGGGGGGAUGUUAGGUCGCUUCCUGUCCCUGGCUGCUGCUUUGCCUGCUUCGAAGACCUACUUCGGUGUGCAAGAUGCUGCUGUUUCUGCCGCUGUUUGGAGACUUUCUCUGCCGUGAUGCUGCCUGUGCUGCCUCCCACCAUCGUCGCUGUAAGCACAUGCGGACCAGGCUGGGAAUGGGCAUCUCACCUCCUCACCAGGUCCCUUGCGUUACCCAUCUGCCAGGAAACAAAACAAAACAAAAUAAAACAAAACAAAGGGUGCAGAGGGAGCAACGCUUACCUGCAUCCCAGUGAUACUUCAAAUAAUUUUAAAUGACUUCAGAUAUUCCCCAUGCCUUUUCAAAGUUCAUAGUAAGGUGAGCAAUAAUAAAAUCUUGGUAAAAGCCAUAGAGAUUAGUGGAGGAACCUCUCCAUUAAAAGUUUAACUUGGCAGGAGUGCUGGGUAGCACGAUAAGGCCAUGGGUGGAACUGGUGUGAAGCUGAAGCUUCCUACUCAGAACACAGCACUAGCCAACAUUAGAAAGUCAAAAUCUCUGGUAGGCUGUAGUACUUCAGAUCAAAAAUGUUCAUGUCUUUAAAAUAACAACUGAUUGCUGCAGUUUAUUCUGUAAAUGAAAGGGCAGCAAAAACAGAAAAUCUUACUUCAGCUUUACCCCAAACUCCCAGAGUUCCUUUUUAAUGAAAAUGUAAAUUUAUACCCCAAAAUAACAACCUUGCACUACAUCUCUCACUUUCCUCUACCUUUAUCUGUAUCCUGGUUUUUUUACACUCUGAGAGUGAUGAGGACCUUUGACAAAUUCAUAUUACUUUUGGAACUGCAGAAUUCUGCUGUUCCAGAACGUUCAAUUGUUUCUUGUUUUUUUUAGUGUUGUAGUAACUUUGCAAUUGGUCCUGAAGCAGGAACUGCACAGACCUGCACAACCGAAAGCAUCUCCGAAAACCCAGAGCAGCAUGAGCUCCUAGGUGGUGGUGGUGUGCGGGGGAAGAAGUACAAAUCCACACCUCCGUACAGAUAGGUCGUCUAGUAAAUCUUUCUACCAUCCCACUCCAUCGUACCCACCUGCAGGGGCUAAGGACAAAUGGCAACUGCUUCAGAGAUGUACUUCCACUCCCCUACUGAAACUUGGGGUUCCCACACCAGAAAAUAGGCCUUCCUUCCCAUCCUUUGCUCAGCGAUCUUACACCACUGGGCUUUCAGCCACAUUUAAUCCAGUGACCCCAGCAGGACUCUCUCGCGAUAUCUUUUGGAAAGAGAUUCAAAGUUCUGUCCUCAGGAUGCCAAGUUUUGGAGCAAAAACUGGGUCUCCUGCUGUCAGCACCAGAACAACAAGCUCCCAGUGCUGGUGUCCGUGUGUGGUGGCAGCAAUCCGUCACUCACCUGGACCAUUUGGCCAUGACCCUUUGGAAGUGCCAGCUUAGCACUUCCAUUUGUUUUCCAAUCAAAUAGCCAAAGACAGGUAACAGACAUGAAAAUACACCUGGAGUAGGCCUAAAGCUGCUGUCAUUGGCCCUCCUUCCACCAAAAAACAGAAAGCAGAUAACGGAGAAGGGGAACGAAUACAAAGUGAAGGGCUGGUUGGCAGCACUGAAACUUUUUCCUCCAAUCCAUACGAGCCGCAAGUGAGAAUUCAUCCUGUCCAGGAUUUCACUGUCCUGUAGGAGCAGAGAGGCGAAUAGAACUGUUGCAAUUCGAUGCUGUGUGCAAGCCAGGCUGCUGCCGGUCCUCCCCCAGGUCUACUCAGCACAGCUUCAGAGUCCUCAUUGCUUUCCAACAGCCCAGAGCUCCACUCCAGUCUCUACAGGUGGUACAACCGCCUGCAGCAAGAAAUGCAGAAAAUAAAAUUAAGCGUUCUCCCUCCAGGGCCUCCUGGCCAGCUAACAGAGCAGGGGGAGCAAGGCUGGGCUCUCAGACGAGAAGUGUUGGCCCGUUGCACACAGUCACAGCGUCGGGCUCAUUUUCUUCUCUGUGCGGGGGCACUAUUGUCGCCUCCAUUUUCAGAGAUCGUUUUGGAGAGAGAAGUGACAAUUUAAGGAGAGUAUAAAAAUACUUGCAGGCUUAGAGAGGAUUUUUAUAUUGUUCAAAGAAAAGUCACUGAGAGUGAACAUCUCCAUGCCUUUAUAGUUUAGGCUGUAGUUUCACACAUAUUUUGCUCUUCACUCUCCCCUUGUAUCAUUCUUCAGCUUGCCUCUGACAACAUGGAGAACAGGACUGGGGAAUCGAUCCAUUAAACUGAACCUUAAAAUCAACCUUAUUUUUCCCUGCAAGCUUCGUUUUAAGCCAGUUCUGGUCCCUGAUCUGGUCUGUCACCAGCAUGCAGACAUUAGUGACAGUCACUGACCCUAACGACUGGCAUAAACUAGGACUGCCUCAGAAAAUAGUUAACAGCAUUUGUAAUAUUAUGGCCCUUGUGUGAAAAGACAAAUGAAAAAAGGAAAUCUGUGUCUCUUGCAAUAGUCCUGUUAGCAGAGAAGAUAUUACUUUUAAAUAUACCACUAUGGAUGUUACCUUGCAGUGUUCCAUGAACUGUUUCUAUAAUAAUCCUGACACUGGAAAUCAGACACAUCUGAUGAUUUUUUUAAAAUCACACUGGAUGUAAAGUGUUACACAAGGGAAAGAGAGCAGAUUGUCAGUGGGACUCUGCUCCUGUUCAGCCACCGAGGUGAAGUGAUUAGAGGCUUCUUGCUCAGCAGCCAAACAGCAUGCGAGACAGCCAACUUUCCCCGCAGCUGCCUGCUUGCACUGGCUCAUGGUCACAUCCCUUUAAUUGGAAUUACUGUGAUGGUGAUAGGCUUUGGACUGAGGCUUAACAGUGGAGACAAUAGAAAAUGGUCCAAAAGUUCAAAGUAUUGAUUGUCCACUUAGUAAACUGAGUUGUGGCAUGUUCCAAAAGUCCAUUGUAAUGGGAUUUUCUCUGCAGGAUGUGCUUUUAACAAGAUGUAUUUCCAGUUCUUGGAGUUGAUAAAAUGCUUUAAAAAUGAAGAUAACAUACAAAGCCCUCCUCCCCCCUCCCAGACUCCUACUGACAUCCCAGAAGCAUCUCUGAGAUAUUCCUGUGCUUUGCCAGUUAAAAGCCAAAUGCAGAUUGAAAGCUGGGAAAGGAGACUGCAAAGAAUAAUACAGGCCUUAUAUUACCCCCAGAAGGGUUGCUGCGUGGCCACGGCCUGGAGGUGUGCUCAUGCUCCGAACAGAUAGGUCUGUAGUCAAGCGCUAGGAAAAGGGAAUAGCAGCAAGUACAGGAUGAGUACAACGUUGUGCCUGUCCUGGACGGCACCGUGAGUCCAAGGAAGUGGUACCUGGCAGCCAAGGCAGAGCCCUGCCCGCAGUAGCCUGUGUCACUAUGUGCCCUUCUACCCUUGCCACAGGCAGCAGCAUGGAGGUAGCCCAAGUCCUAGCAGCCCCACCACAGCACUGAAGGCAAGCUUGGCAUGGACUAUGCACAGCCUUGAGCAUUUGUCAGCGUCAUAGCAUUUGCUGAUGGUUUACAUUGAGAGCAAAUUGUUUACAGGAAACAGAAGAACAUGGAAGAACCCAUAAAAAUCACUUGCUGCCAGAAUUUCAGGAGUUCCCUAGGACCAGCAGCUGGGGAGCAAUCUCUCACACUUACUGUCCAUGCAUGGUAUUUUGCAGGCUUAUGUACACAGAGUUUUUUCUGACAAUACGUGUUACAUGAUGUAUGAUCUAUGUUACAUUACUGUUGUUUUAUGACAUAUCUGACAGCUAAAUUACCUGUUUUCUGUUAAAUGUAUAAAUAAAAUGUAAAUGCAGACCUGUUCAAAGUCAGGUGAUACCGA